CCCUAGCAGCGUGCCUGUCGCUCCGGCUGUCCCCCUGGCUCCGCACCUUGUGUGCAGCGUGAGAAACACGGGGCAGGUGACUCUUCCGACGCGCUGAAAAUACGUUUCCCUGGAAAGAGUCUGGAUCAGUUUAUUCUUUGUCAGGGCUGCCUACCUUUUACGCUGGCUGUGUCUUAAACCAUCGGGCACUUGGAAUCAAUUAUAUCCUUGCGAUUUAGGCCGAAACUUGUGGGGAAAAGCAUGCGAUAGCAAUCCUGACUGGUUCUCUGUCGUGGACGGUCCAUACUUAGGUUUAUUCCUCUCUCCGCCUGAAUAAGCGUUUCGACUGGGGCCUGUCUCUUCCAAGAUGUUUUUGACUUCAGCUGGGGAUUUGGGUGCUUACCAGAUUUGAAAUAAGACACAGACUAUUUUUUUUUUUUGCUUCUUACAAAUACAUGCUUGUAUGUGGAGUUUUCAAAAUGACACUAGAAAUUAUAAGAGCAAAAUUAAUUAUAUGAUGAGAACUGAAAAACAGGCUAGUUUGCUCUGCUCAUAAGAGUGUUUUUUCAAAUAAGUUAUUUAUUGUUAAAAUCUCGAAAACACUUUUGUCAGUAUUCUAGUUUUUCAACUCACUUGGAAAGACACAAUUAUUUAGAAUUUUCUAAGCUGUGCAGCAUGUUGGCAUUGCUCUAGUGUAAUUUUUUUUUUUCAAAAAUUUCAUGAAAAUUUUUCAGUUAAUGUCUAAACCUUGUCCCUGCUCUUAAAUCUUCACUGUUCAGCUAUAUAAACACUUCUCUUGAUGUAAAUGUGAUUCUGCCCGGGCAAUGCGAGUGCAAUUAAAUAUACAUAUAAGGACACUUGCAGUCUUAGAUCUUAACAAGAACAUAACUUGUAGUAACGUUUCACAUAAAUCACAACAGCCUUAUAAAACUUCUGAGAAAUUAAUAGCGCUGCUAAACUUGCAAUUUUCAUUUUUAUUAAUAUUUGAUUUUUUUAACAAUUCACAUAAUAGUAUGUUCUUUUGAAUUACAUUUAUAAUUAGUUUCAGAAAGCUAAAUGAAAUAUUGCUGAGCCUAAAAAAGCUGGUGAAGACUAAAGGAUGGUUUUGUGAACUUUCUUCUGGAGCAUGUGUGGCAAAUUGGCGGGGGAAAGGAAGGAAGGUUGUAUUUUGUAGCCCCACCCUACGUUUUAUUUGUGAUGUACAUUAUCUGAAUAAGUAGUGAACAAAUCUGUGAAAUAAGAAUCAAAAAUAUUAUUUUAAUAGUAUGUUGUCAUGAUGUCUUUUAUUGCCUCUCCAGCUUGUGAUGUCAGGAGAUUUGGCUGCAAAAACAGAGAGUUCAGCACCAGAACAGAGAGUUCUGGUUCAAUAAUCAGAUAUAAAUAUUAAACAAUGUCCCAAAAUGCUUUCUGCUGUCCCUGAAGAUGUCUGUGGCAUCUCAGUAAGGAUCAGGAAUGAAGCUAUAGCACCACGAUACAAGUGUUGUCUGAGCCAUGUGCAACUUGCUCGUGGGUGUUCCCUAAAGGCCUGGCAUUUGGGUGGUGUUUAAAUUGUCUUUGCAUAAAUCUAUUUCCAGCCGCUGUGUUUGUGUGUUAUAAUAAGGCUGUAACCUGUUUCGUUAUGCUUUCGAUCUUGUAAAAAACAUCCUGUGCUGCUUUUGUUUUUGUGUUUGCUAAGGACAGGAAUAAGUCAUCACGAUGCCAGCAUUACCACUGGAUGAACUCCAGCUUACAGAAAAGGAUCCAAAGACAGGGAAGCUGAGGACUUUACCAGCACUGCACCCAGAAAUAAAAGCAGAUCGGUCUUUUGUGCUAUACAGACCGCCACCUGUUGUCAGAGACCCUGCCUUAGUGGAAGAAUUCUUGGAGCGAGCAAAAUUCAUUGCAGAUGAUCUGGACUGGCUUCUGGCUUUGCCUCAUGACAAAUUUUGGUGCCAGGUAAUAUUUGAUGACACACUUCAGAAAUGUCUGGAUUCCUAUCUGUGCUAUGCCCCUCGCAAGUUUGAUGCAUUGCUGGAUUCCCAUCCAGAAGUGAAUGACUUGCAGAAACGUCUUCAUCGGAGUGUCUUUCUAACCUUCCUCAGAAUGUCCACUCACAAGGAAUCCAAGGAUCAUUUUAUCACUCCCUCUGUCUUUGGAGAAAUAAUUUACAACAACUUCCUGUUUGACAUCCCUAAGAUUCUGGAUCUCUGUGUGCUUUUCGGAAAAGGAAAUGGUCCCCUGCUCCAGAAGAUGAUUGAAAAUAUCUUCACUCAGCAACCAAGUUACUUCAGUGACCUAGAUGAAACUCUGCCCACUGUCCUCCAGGUAUUCAACAAUAUCUUGCACAAGUGUGGCUUGCAGUGUGAAGGAGCCUCUGCUGAGCCCCAGAAACUGGAAGAAAGAGUAAAUGUGACUCCUGGGAACAUGCCUCUCCAGGAGCUGAAGGAUAUUGUGCUGUACUUAUGUGACACUUGCACAACACUCUGGGCGUUUCUUGAUGUCUUCCCAUUGGCUUGCCAGACCUUCCAAAAACAUGACUUUUGCUACAGAUUAGCUUCGUUUUAUGAAUUGGCAAUUCCUGAGCUGGAAUCUGCAAUUAAGAAGAGGCAUUAUGAGGAUAACAGUGGUUUUGCUGAUUUGUGGAGGAGAAUUUCCCAUUCCAGGAAGAAGGUGAUGGAAGCUUUUCACAUCAUUGUAAACCAAAUCUGUCUGCAGCCCAUCUUAGAAAGCAGCCACGAGAAUAUUCAGCCUUUUAUUGAGGAAUUUCUACAGAUCUUCACUUCAGUGCUUCAGGAAAGGAGAUUUCUCCGUGACUAUGAUGAGCUGUUUCCUGUUGAAGAUGAUGUCAGUCUACUUCAGCAAGCAUCCUCCACAUUAGAUGAGACCAGGACAGCCUAUAUCCUCCAAGCAGUGGAAAGUGCAUGGGAAGGGGAAGACAGGAAAAAAACACAAGUUGUUAAAGACCCAACACCACCAGCAGCAUCUAAUGCAGCAUCAGCAAUUGCGGAGAGCAAUUCUGAGGACCUGGAAGAGCUUGGGGCUGCGUAUGCAUCAGAGGAUGAGUGUGCUGGUGCAGCUGCUGCGCCCGCUGCCAAGGUGUCAGGAGUGGAGCUGGACUCUCUGAUCUCUCAAGUGAAAGACCUGCUACCAGACCUUGGUGAGGGCUUCAUCCUGGCCUGCCUGGAAGAGUACAGUUACAAUGCAGAGCAAGUGAUCAACAACAUCCUGGAAGAUAAGCUGGUGCCAUCGUUGGAUAAGCUGGAGCGAACGAUGCCAAGACAGCUAAAGCCAGACCCUACUCCUCUAGUGACUUCUCGCUAUAAUGUUUUCCAGAAUGAUGAGUUUGAUGUUUUCAGUAGGGACUCAGUGGAUGUGUCUCGGAUACAAAAAGGCAAGCGAAGGGAGAAAGACACAACCAGGAGUUUGCUGAAUGACAAACGCCUGAUUGCUGAGCAGAAGGAGCGUUACAGCCAGUACAGCGUGGUGGUGGAGGAGGUUCCUGUACAGCAAGGAGAAGCUCAGCUCUACAAGGAGGACUAUGAGGACGAGUAUGAUGACACUUACGAUGGAAACCAAGUAGGGGCAAAUGAUGCUGACUCAGAUGACGAGCUGAUCAGUAGGAGGCCAUUCACCACUCCUCAAGUUCUGAGACCAAAAGGACAGGAGGACGGACAAGAGGAGGAGGAGGAAGAUGAAGAAGAGGAAGAGGAAGCUGAAAAGGAAAGAGCUAAGCAGGACCAUUUUGUGCAGGACCCAGCCAUAUUGAGGGAGAGAGCCGAAGCCAGACGGCUGUCUUAUCUUGCAAGGAAGGGGCACAAGCACGACAGCUCUGCCGUUGUUGGAAAUGUGAAGGGACAUGGGCAGAACCGGGAAACAGUGCAGGAACGAAGGAAGAAGGAAGCAAACAAAAGCACAAGAGCUAAUCAUAAUCGACGAGUCAUGGCAGACAGAAAGCGGAAUAAAGGCAUGAUUCCUUCCUGAAAGACUCUUACCCCAGGUGUUGCAUCAUCCCCUGUUCUCGGCUUACGGGACAGUUGUGCUGUGUUCCCUUGGCCCUCUCUUAGCUCGGGGGAAUGGAUGUUGUGGUUCAAUGCCUGGCACUUCAUCUUGAUGUGGAAUUGCACGUCCCAUGGGAGGGUUGCCUAUUCGUGAAAGGGAACUGCCCACCAGGCAGACUGGCUGCUGUUCAGUUUAUAGAGAGAAGCAUAUAGGACAGGCCACACCUCAGAUGUGUUCGGCUGCACCAGCCGUACAUUUCCUUUUGUACUAUUUAUAAUUCUGAGAACUUUAUUUUCAUACUGGCUCCUCGUGCCCUCGCUGCAACUAAAAGGGGGCUUCCAGGCCACGCAGCUGACAGCUCUGAGAGCAACCAUGUGAGCUGCAGCUAGGCUUCCCUGGAACAGCCCUUACAGCUGUCUGCUCCGCUGAAAUGCCUUAUCCUGCAGUAAAACUUGAAGGUUGAUAGGAAAACACUCGGGCUAUUCCAGUUGCUGACAGACACGUGAGAGUUCAGGUAAACAAGAAUCUAUCAUAAACUUCUGUCCCUCAAGUGAGGUGUGUGAAAACAGAACAUGCAAAUAAAUGAUUUAAAUCUUUUAGUUGGCGUUUUAGGCUCUUACAAACUGUAACUUUAAGCCAGAGGAACCUUAACCAGCCCUUUAACGUGCUGUGUAUCUGCAAGCAGUGAAAUUCACUUGCUAUUUUGCGUUGGUUUAGUGAAAUGAGAUUUAGCCACAGCCACUGAGACUAAAGAUGCCUGAAAAUCAGGAUCAAGGUGUCCUAAGCAGGAUGACAGUAGUACGGAAAUCAGGGUUGAAGGCAGCAGGGUCGGAGUCCCUGGGGAGCUGCCUCCUCAAUAACUAUUUGUCACACUCUGUGAAGCAGAACUGCCCCCAUCAUCAUGUUUGCUGUUAGGAAGGCUGGGAGCUAAUAGUAAACAACAGUUUGUAGCUGCUGAAGAGACUUCUCUUGAGGACCAUUUUUGUUAAAGUCACUCCCUGCAUACUGAGAUGCAAAUUAUUGGGUUUACUUUGUAACCCAUUUGUAAGGUGCUCAAAAGCCGUGGCAAUGGCUGCUACCCUGUGCCUAGACAAGCUUGGAAUACCUGCCAGUAGCAGGUGGCAAAACUGUUCACUUCACUCUUGACAAAGAGUAUCAGCAUGUUUUUAGAGCGCUGUUCUCAUCAUGGAGACUAAGGUAAACAGGCUCCGCUUGGCCAUCUCCCCUCCCCCAGCGUGUUUUUCUAGUACUGCUGUACAGAGUAGAGCAGACAAGGCUGCACGUGGUUGUCAUCCACAUGCUGAAUAAAUUAGCACUAGAUUUUGUAGUGUUAGAGCUGUUGUUCUGGGGUUAAUCUAGUGCUGUCUUCCCCUUUUUAAAUGCUGCAGAAGGAGAGCUUUUGUAAUAAGCUCUGUGUGCACGUACCUUGCUGCCUAGUUUUACGCAGAGGGCGGGGACUACAUGGCUAUAUGAUUAGUACUGCUGCCAAACACGAUUGUGCUGGAGCUGUUUUCAAAAAGUGGGGAAAUGGCUGUCACCGUUAUGCAAAUGAGACGAAGUCCUAAAUGCCGUGAGGAGAAGGUUUUUCUUUGCUGGUUUUCAGUACUGUCCAAACCCCCUAUGACAAGGCAUAGGAAAAAGGGAAUUGCGUUUACCACUUCCCAAACUCCACUGUCAAGGGAAAUUACUCGCCAAGGUAACUAACUCCCUAUUCUUUUAUAGCUGCUGUUCUCUGAACUAAUGGCUUCCUUUACUCUCUGCCAGCCUGCUACAAUGCUGUCUCCUCCUUCCUAAUACUGUAUUCAUCUUUAGUUCUUGCUUCUAAAAAGCUGUAAAUCUCUAUCACCUGCUCAGCAUAGCGUGAAGCUAUCAGCACUGCAGGCAGAACUCAUAGUGGUAGAGCAGGCAGUCUUAUAUGGUAUGAGAUUAUCCCAAAGAAGUUUAAACCUUUCUUCCCAAGUGUCUCUAUAAAAGCACAGCUGGGACUGUGAAGGCUGCAGUUGUGUUUUGCUCAAAAACAA